UCCUACGACUAGUAUGGAGGUGGUGAACUUUACCCGGGACUGUUUAUAUUUCUUUAUGUGACAAAGGGGUGGUGCAAUGAUAGAGUACGAAGCUGCUGUGCUGCUCCGCCAGCUGCAGGACACGAUCAUGGGCAGCACUUUAGUCAAAUGCGCGAUCACAGACGUGGGGAUCCAGUGGGCCGGGUGGGCCAUCGCUGCGGCUCUCAAAACCGAGAAGUUCUAUGAUCUGGCAGGAUCUGGCACAUUUAUACUGCUUGCCCACCUGAGUCGUAUUUGGGGAGGAGCCAGCCACAUUCGGCAGAAUGUGCAGACAGGGCUGGUGACAGCAUGGGGGCUCAGACUGGGAACAUUCCUCUUCAUGCGGAUCUUGAAGGACGGUCACGAUCGCAGGUUCAACAAUGUCAGAGACAGUCCAGGGACUUUCUUUGUAUACUGGAGUAUUCAAGCUGUGUGGAUAUUUAUGACCCUCCUGCCCACCCUCAUGCUGAACACUGAGAGGCGAAGUGUGCCUCUGGGUGUGAGGGACUACAUUGGUUGGUCUUUAUGGGGCAUUGGCUUUGCUUCUGAGGCUAUUGCAGACCAGCAGAAGUGGCUUUUCAAAAGUGAUCCAGACAAUGCUGGAAAAUUCAUCCAGAGUGGACUGUGGGCCUACAGCCGACACCCAAAUUACUUUGGAGAGAUCUUGCAGUGGUCAGGCCUGUGGCUCUCUGCCUCAUCUGUGAUGGAGGGUCCCCAGUACUUGAGCGUGGUGUCACCCCUCUUCGUCUGGUUCCUGCUGCGCCAUGUGAGCGGCAUCCCCAUCCUGGAGAGGCAGGCCAUGAAGAAAUGGGGAUCAGACCCGGCCUUCCAGGAUUACAUUAAGAACACUCCUCUCCUCUGGCCAUGGCCGAGAUUUUGAUAUUAACAUGUUUACUUGUCGCUCAGACAUCCUAAAUACCUCAGAUUUUACAUGUGAAUACAACUUUGAAUGUUUACCAGUUGCCUCAUUUGAAGGCACAUGUCGACAUUCAUGAGAAAUGUUCUGAAUAUACAAUUAUGUGAGAAUAUGCAGUUGUCUUUCAUUUUUGUGCUAUCACUUGUUGUCAAACUUUCUUACAAAACAAGUCCUUCAUAACCAGUUUCAACAAAACCUGUACAUUUAUCAUGAAUGCUAAUAAAGUGCACUGGACAUGAAAGAAUCUAUG